UUAAAAACUAAAUUUUUGGCAGUGUGAUUGUCUAGUAGCGAAUUUCCGUGAGUUGUCGGUAAAAACAAAACAAUAUUUUUCAAAUGGUCAGCGUUAAACUAUAUAUUUUUCUAUGAAAUAGAUUUUUGCCUAAAUUAUAUUACCUUAAAUACGUAUUCAGGAAUAUAUAAUAUUAUUACUUAACCCAUGGGUUUCCUAAAAGGUAAAUGUAUAUAUAAGUACAUUGGCUUAAAAUAUUGCAACCUAAAUACAUAUAUUAUAUGUGUCAUUAUUUUGCCUGCAUAAUAAGAUCCACCCGUGCCUUUUCCAAGAUAAAUAAUAAGGAUCUGUCUAAUUCCAUUCCAUCAAGAUAGGAUAUUGUUUCAUAUUUUAAAGGCUUUUAGGUUAUUUUAUAAAAUCCUGUAUAUUUACACAAUAAACGUGAAGGUGAAACAGCUCGAUUCUACGUUUAGGUCUUUUAAAUCCCAAAACACUGCAUUAUACCAUUGUUAGAAGUAUCUACCAUAUACAUCUUAAAAACGUAUUUUCAAAAAACAAUAAUUAAUAUGAGGGGGUCCUAGAAAUAAAUGUUUGUCACACUUUACAGUUUGUCAAUUUAAGACUACUUCCGAACGCAAAAAAGGACAAUAAAGGCAAUAUUUUUAUUAUUAUUAUAUAUAUCUUCUUCUAACGGGCGUGCUGUAUAAUGUUAUGUUUCAUUUUAGAGAGCUAUAAUUACGUUAUUGAUCAAUCUAUAGAAAUCUGUCUACAAAAAUUUCGCUACCUAGUUAAGUUGUCAAAAUCAAUCCGGCUGUAUUUUAGUAUAUUGUAGGAUAAUUGCAAUGUAUUGUUUAUUAUCCUUUUUUGAGCCAUAUCAUAUUUACGUAUUUCAGCCCUACAUUUUUUUUAUUAUCUUACCACAUUUUACGAUAUUCCAGCAUGUUCUAACCUCGGAAAUUAUUCUUAUAAACGAAAACAAAACUAAAGCAAUAAUUGCCAAUUUUGAUCCCGAAAUCUGGUUACAAUAUAUUAAAUCGCAGUCGUGUUUCUUUAGAUCGUUAAUAUAUAAUUAUUCAUGUCCAUACUUAUAUGUAAUUUGAACAUUAGGUAUCAUUAGUGAUUUUUUGAGUACUUACCUAUCAUUACUUAUUCAUUAAUGAUCGUUUAUAUCGAUUAAUUGAAUCGUUUAUUGCUGCCAGACUUAUUAAAAUGUUAUUUAUAUAAUUUUAUAAUGAAAAUUAAAUAAUUGGAAUAUUUUUGUACCAUUGCGAAAUGCAAUUUUAUAAUUAUAACGAUGUAGGUCGAAAUUUAAAAAUGCCGCCAUAGUAUAGACAGCGUACGUGAAAUGUUUUUAAUUCUAAGAUUUAAUUAUGGCGGAUGGAGGUUGAAAUAAAUUGUAAAAUAUUUUACAUUCGUAUACCCUACCGAGACAAAAGAUAUCUACAUGUAAUUGAUCAAAUUUUAUUUGCGCCGCGCGGGUGUCGUGUGGGACGGGCGACAACGAGAUAUGGCGGAGAAUAGGGGUUCGGAUAACGUCGUCAUGCCGGACAUUACCGAAGUUUCCGAAGCCGAUCCGUUGUCGGCGGCGGCCGAGCACGAGGCGGAGCGCAACGAAGGGAACUCAGUUUUACCAAGUGGAAUCAAAACGGCGAGGCUGUCGAGCGAUUCUAACGGGGUGGUGACUGUGCCCGUAUCGCUGCCUGUGGGCACGCUCAUCACUGGCACCACCUUUAACGUGAUCACGUCAGACCAACUCCCGCAUUUCAAGCCGAUGAUAUGCGUGGAUAACGGAUUCAUAUCGGGCGGGCCGGUGAGCGAGGACAUAAAGGCGACGCACAUAGUGAUACAGAACCCGUCAACGACGCCGCCGCAGCGGCAGGCCCAGGGUCACGAGGUGGCGGCGACUGCGCCGGCGGUGCGAGCGGCAAGCGCGCGCUCUUGGGCCGAGACGGCGAACAUGCCGAUCCUGUCCGUGCGCUGCAAGAAUACUUCUGCUGAGCUCCACAAGCAUAAGUUCGGCUCGGGCGGGCGCGGUCGCUGUAUCAAGUACGGACUGGAAUGGUAUACGCCUAGCGAGUUCGAAGCGCUGUGUGGCCGCGCCUCCAGUAAGGAUUGGAAGCGGUCCAUCAGGUUCGGCGGCAGGAGCAUCCAGGCGCUGAUCGACGAGGGCAUCCUGACGCCGCACGCCACCAGUUGCACUUGUGGGGCUUGUUGUGAUGAUCAGUCAGCCAUGGGACCCAUAAGACUAUUCACUCCUUACAAAAGGCGCAGGCGGAACGCGGAGGCCGAAGAAAAAAAAUCUUCGAAGGUGAAGCGCGACAACAGCUUGGGUGAAAGCGAGGUGGACAACAUCCAUCAGUCGAGCAACAACAGCCACUCGAAGGAGGCGUGGCAGACCAUCGCCGAGGGUCUCGAGACCAACACUGACUACCAUAUACUCGAGAACUCGGAGCCACCGCCCGAUCCUGCGACAGUUACUCUGCCAGACAUGAGUGGCGUACUCAAGCGGCUGGAUGACAUCAGCCAGACGCUGGUGCGGCUCGCCGGGGAACUGAAGCAGUGUGUAGAGGACGUGCGGCUCGUGAGCUCCAGGCAGAUGGAGCGGCUCGAGCAGGAGCGCGCGUCCGCCCUCCUCGCUGCGAGUGUCGACGCGCAUGUCGAGGCCGAGCAGGUGUCGCUGCAUAAUGUCGAGGAGGCUGAAGCCAAGAAGUGCGCCAACUGCAACCGUGAGGCUUCAGCUGAAUGUUCCCUGUGCCGCCGCACGCCUUAUUGCUCAACAUAUUGCCAGAAGAAGGAUUGGGCGUCGCACCAGAUCGAGUGUCUGCGCUCGGUACCCACCAUUCAUGCAGAAUCGCAGCAGCACCAGUCGAUCAUGCUGAUAGUGGAGAGCCAGCAUCAAUAGUCCACGGGGCCGCCACACCUCAGCCGUGUGGUUCUGCGGUUUGUGCCAGAAGAUUAAACUGUGUGUAUUGGACUACAUGUUCACAUGUCUGCAGACUUCACUAUACUUCUAUAGUUUCUAUACAGUGACUUCUUUCAAGUGCCGUGUUGUGAUUGGUUAAGUGAUUAUGAACUAUUUACAAAGUAUGGACAAUCGUAUUCGCGUUGCGUACUUUAAAGUGAACUUACUCUAUUUUUCUACUAAUUAUUCACCUGUAUAUAACUAUGAAUUUUGGUUCAAAUCAAAUGGUGUAUGAAAUCACUCUUAUAUUUCUUAAUAAGAUUUCGAAACUGUUCAGGCAUUUGAUGAAGUGUAUGGGCUCUGUUUGAUAUUAUAUUGUGUUAUAUAAAUGAUGUAUAAUGUACUGUAAAUAAUUUUGUCAAAAUCUAGUAAACUUACGAAAGAAACUCAUAGCGGGUGGCCCAAAGGUACUUUUAUUAUUUUAAAAUGUGAUGAAAUACGCUAAAUUCUUUGUUAUUCUUUAGGAUACUUUAUUAAAUAUUAUUCUGUAAUAUAUAACGUCUCAUUAAGAAUUUCAAGCAACUAUGUAUUUUAAAUAUUGCCUUUAUAAAAAACUAUACAAGAUAAGUGUAUAAUAUAUCAUACCUUGAAAAUUUACUAAAUCUAAUACUUAAAAAAAUAGCAAUACAUUUCGCCUAUAUUUAAAAGUUCAGACAUACUGUCAAUUGUUGUAAAGUCCGUUUAAAGUUAGAAAUAGUCAUUAUUAGAAAUUAUCUAAAAUGAAUUGUCCGUUUAUUCACGUGUGUUUAUGUGGCAUUUAAUACUUAUUACAGUGCAGUAUUUUCAUAGUUAGUGCAUUUGCAUAUUUUGGUGUUCAAAGGCUGUUUAGAUAAACAGGGUGCAAUAAGCAUUUUCUGGUGUAAAAUUUGCAAAUUUUAUUUGCUAAUUUCAUAAUUAAUAAGUGUUAAAUUACCAUAAAAUAUUUUUUUUAUAUUUUUACUGUCAUGACACUGGCUUAUUACAUUUUUUACUAUAACUUUCUGGCAAAUACAGCUUGGCAAUGCACAAAUUGUGUCACAUGUAGUUGUAUGUUUUGUAGUCACUUUUUUUUAAUCUUUAUUGACAUUAUUUUGUUAUAUUUCUAUGUUGUUGCCUGUUUAAUAACAUUUUGAUUAUUUAUAGUCAGAGGGGGCUAUUUCCGUCUUUUUGCAAUUACAGUCCUUCCUAAACAAGACAGACAGUCAUUCGGUUUUUAGAUUCUUCUCCAUAAGGCUAUCAAAGUUGCCUUUCGCUUAGAAUCAUAAUUGUAAUAGACGGGUAUGCAACAUAGACGAUAUAGAGCACCCUCAUUAUACAAUUAAAAUGAAAAUAUUUGAUCUAUUGAGAAUCUUUUGUGUUGUACGAGACAAUAACGCUCAUACUGCAAUUUUCGUACAUAUGCUAUGCUAAUACAACUAUAUAAACAUUUGUGCCACUCAAAUUAUCAAACAUACAUAUUUUAAAUACUAAUAAUAAUACAAUGAGCUCUUAAACAAGUGCUUUGGCGUCAACUACUUUUGCUUACAACACAACCAUUAUCGGGCACUGUCAACGGCGAAAGCCCCAACACGUGUCCAAGAAAUUACAAGCCAGAAUAUAUCUGAACAGUCAGAACACACCUUGUUAGGAUUAAGAUUGCAAUAUUUGUCCUUGCCACGUUAAAUGUAAGCAAGUUUAACUAAUAUCACAUAUUUUACAAUAACAUAAGCAAUAAAUUAUAUUACAAUACAUAUUCAAGAUGAUAGAUAUAACACAAUAUUUAUAAAUGCGACAUACAUUAGGAUUUUAUGCUGAAGUCUUACAAAAUUAGUUUUCUCCAUUACAGUACUUGAAGCAGGUUAUAUAAUAGGUAAAUACAGAAUAAUAUACCUCUGGGACACUCAUUUUGUUCCUUAUUAUGUAGGAGUUGAAGUACAUUUUAAACUAUGUAAGAUCUAAGUGAUGUGGUUACCAUGUUGAGUGAAAGUGUAGUUAAAAUGUUCUGUUACCAAAAACUAAUGUAUUGUUUUAGUUUUUAAUUAUUGAAUAUCGGGUUCACUUGUAAUUUUAAUUGUUUACGAUUAGUUAUGUUUCUUUGUUACAACAAUAGCAAGCAAAAAAAUUAUUCAAUGAUAGUGCUGAAAAAUGAGUUCUUUUUUUCACAGUUAAUUCCUAUACUACAUUUAAAAUACUGCAAAUCAGCAUAAAUAUCACCGUUGACUUUUAAACUGACAUGGAUACUAAAUCUAUGUUGAGGGUCAUAUUUGCCUUUAACUGGUCUAAUCAUUUUGCAGUGGAGCAUUUACUUACUAUAGUGGUGAGAGAUAUUUUAGAACUAGUUUAUUCAUAUCACGCAUUAUAUUUUUGCGAGUUUUUGGAAGUUUAAAAUAUGAUGUCUAUUCUACAAAGGUAAUAAAAAGAAACAUGCUGUAUACAGGGUGUUAAUGUCGUUCGCUAGUAUGGUGUUGGUCACGAAUUAUUAUCGCAAAACAAAAAAAUAAAUAAUUGUGUAAUUAAAUUGUAUACAGGCUGAUUUUGACAGUAAGUAACAAAAUGAAACCAUAUAUCAAUCAUCAUAAAAAUAACAACAAUAAGGUUAUCAUACAAUAGAUGUAAGAUAAAAAGUGAAAGUUUCAAACAAAAUAAAUAUUAAUAACAAAAAAAUUAAAAUUUACACACCUAAUACGACUACGACUACAUUUGGACUAAACCAGAAAUUGUAAAAAUUAGAAAGUAAAACUUUGAUUUUUAGUGAUAAUAUUAUUCAUGAAUAUUUUUGGGCACAAUGUUAGUAGAUAUAAAGACUUAUGUGGUUUAGUUUAUUAACACAAUGUCAAAAUGAUCCUGUAUUUACUAUAUUGUAGUAGAAGUCAAAACCCAUUGAAUAUUAACACCCUGUAUACUUUUGUUUGAUAUUAAACAACGAAAUUGAUUGACUUAUUGUACUCUUAGUACUUCAUGCAUUGUACUUUAUUUUACAUUUGUUAUGUGAACCUGUUUUCACUUGUAAAUAUAAAUUAUAUUAGUGUAGUUGUAUUGGUUAUAAUGUAUGGAACGAUUUGUUCCAAUGCAAUAAAGAUAUCUAUAAUAAUAAGUAUUAAUAUAUAUUAUUUUCCAAGAACAGUGCACAGUAGAAUAACAAAUGAAUGUCUUGAGAAUAACAAAUGAAAAACGUGAAUGUCUUGUGUAUGCAAAGUGUGAGUCAGCAUGUGGGUGUGGAGUUGAAAUGUGUAUUUUAUGAGUCGUUAGACGUCGUUGGACGUCCACCUACAAUGUGGACGAACUACUUGGUAAAGGUCGCAGGAACACAUUGGAUGCAGGCCGCUUUCGACAGGUUCUUCUGUAAAUCUUUGGGGGAGGCCAAUUGUGGACUUUAUAUGGCUGAUGAUAUUUUCUGAAACGCUGGCAAACAAAAACUAAUCUAAAGUAUUUAACUGUUCUCAAAUAUUUUUGAGUUUAUUGAAGUUACUGAAUGUUGUAAAUAUUGUGUAUAAUUUUCACAUCAAAUCUGAAAUGUAUAUUGUAUUAGUUCGGUCACAAUUAUUAUAUUAUUAUAUAGUACGUAUAUAAUUCGCACGCGUUUGGAAUGAGACGAAUUUCGGAAUUGAUAACCCUGAGCAGCGUCGGCAAACUGAUGUUCAAGUGAUAAAAUUAAAUAAAUAUGAUUUUUAUUGUGAAUUUUUAUGUAUUUAAUUACAUAAUACAAAUAUGGGUAUUUUUUCAACAUCUAAAUAGUAAAGGAGGACAAAAUAUGCUAAAACCUUUUUAGUUUACAUAACAAUAAAAACAACAAGAAAGUUUUAAUCAAUAUAAAAUCAGAAAGUGACGAACGCUACUUACGCUCGGGUGUUGAUAUUUUUGAUUUACUUCAACAAUGUUUCAUCUGAUUCUCAUGGCGUGCGGAUUAUACGACAUUAUGUAAAGUUAUUUAAAUAACUAUAAAAAAACUAGCUGACCUGACAGACAUUGUCCUGUCUUAACUAUGUAUGCACGCGCGCAUUCUGUCGAUCGCUGACAGUUAUUUCAAACCACUGACAGUUAUGUAAAAUUAAUAAUGUCGUUAAGUUUUCUUAAAUUUUCUAAUUUUCGGCGCAAUUUUAUGUUUCUUUUCUUUCCUAAGAACCUUCCGACAAUUACAAACACAACAAAAAAAAAAUAGUGAAAUCGGUCCAGCCGUUCACGCGUGAUGGCGUAACCAAGGGAAAUAGUGAUCCAUUUUUAUAUAUAUAUAGAUAAAUAACUCUCAGUCUACAAUCUAUAUACUGUUUUGUUUAUUGAUUUCUAUAAUAUUUGAAUCGAAAGCACCACUCACCAUGUGAUCUAUAAUUUUUUUCAAAGACAAAACUAUCUUAUACAUUAUGAUCAUGUUUUGAAUCCUAUAAAUAACUACUGUCGGUUCUUGGAAAGUAAUUUCUUGUAUACAGGGUGGAUUUUCGAGAUGGAGACGUAAGGGCAGCUACUUUAACCGCUGUAACUACAACUUUGUUAGGUGACUGUCUAUUAUUUUUGAUGACUUUAAGGUCUAAAUUCCCAGAUUAUGAAGUCAAUGAAAUGAGUCUUGUAAUCCUUAUAAGCAACAGGAUCGAUUUGCAUCAAAAAAGUAUUGCAUAGUCCAUUUUCUUGCUGAACAUAUAUUUUUCAAAGUAUAUGAAUGCAGAUCUUAGCGAGUUAAAAAAUUAUGAUAGUCUCCUUAGAAAAUAUUGUUAUAAAUGGCCGCCCUUACUGCUCCAUCUCAAAAAUCCAACCUGUAUAUAGAGUGGGUAAUUUGUAUCAUUUGUCUCUACCAACUCGUUUACAAAUACUGGCUAGUUUAAUUGGUUACAUUCUGUAGUUUUUCUGUAGCGCCUGAUAGCUUACAGAAUUAACUACACAUUCAAAAUAAUAUAAUUAACAACAGCAAGUGUUUGUAAAUAUUGAGCUCGUAAGACAUCUAGUAAAAUUUACCAACAUUUGUGAACAUGAUAUGUAUUUUAUAUAUCUAUUUGCUCAAAUAUGUAAUUGAUUAAGUCGGUCAGCCGUCGGCUGUUUUACGUGUCUAUGUAAUUUUAUUAACAGGAACCAAUGCUCGCAGGAUUGUAUAAAAUGUGUAACAAUAUCGUAAUUAAUUGCUUUAUAAUAUCUCGCUUCAAUCAAUGUUCAAUAAAUACAUACAGUUUAAGAAUUUGUAAGAAUACUUCCACGUGUUGGCUGCUUCGGUAUAUCUGUGACCGAUUUGUCAUAGUUAUAUGUGUUGAACUAGUCGUAGCGCAUAUUAAUGGAGUAUAUAAGUGAUCUGAGAUCUCAACCGCUAAAUUCGGGUCGAUGGUGAAAAUGGACCAAUCAGAGCAAAGUUCGUUUGACAAGUAAUGUUGAUUGGUUAAUUUUUAACAAUAACUCGUAGGAACGGUUGAGAUUAAUUGGAGUAAGCAAAUUUCAUGAAGCUCAUAUUUUUGGCCGCUUUGAAGAUAGUAACGGGCUGUGUCAAUCAUUAUGUUAGUAUAGUACAUCACGACGACACUUAUAGGUGCUUAUUCUGCGGUUUCAGUGGCUUUGUGUAAAAAUUUGUCUAGAUCAUCAUGUGCGCCUUUUAGAGCCGUUUUCAAUAAACAAUCCCAUUUCAAUUCGAUUCCAAGAAUUAACCAAUCAAAAUGAGUCACUUGUAAGCAUAUCAGAAAAAAAAUUGUUAUGAUUAGUCCAUUUUUAAUAUAAAUCGAAAAAAGCGAUCGUUAUUAUUGAAAAUGGCGGUUAGUCACAUUUUAAGGGUUGUCGGCGCGUAUCAUACGCAUUUUAUGUAGUCCCUCAAGUAUAAAUUAAAGUAAUGUGCUUACUGUAGAGGAGCCAAAAGAUUAGACGUACAUUUAAUUCAGCAUUCACUGCCAAGUUUGUAGUCUGUAAAUAAGGAAGUCUAUUGAUUAUUCUAAGUCACAGUUUAGAUUCUGUGCUAAAAUAGACGUAUGUUUUAGUCUCAAAUCUGUUAUCUCGUUUCCAUAGACUAUGUGAGUAAUUAACAUAAAUGGCGGAUUCGUCCGCGUAUAGACUAAUCAAAAUAUGUUACUCAUAGACAAUGUAGUUAUGUAUGUGAAAGAAUUUAGAUUCGUUUCAGUAGUUGCCCCAAAAUCAUAAGCUUUCGAAACUUUGCAGUCAUAUACUGGUGGAUGUUUUAAAUAGGCGGUAAAGGAAACCACAUAUAACCCUGUAGCUAUUAUAAGAUUGUCUUCAAGGCUGUCUAUAAUUUUUUAAGAUAUAAAAAAGGGCAUUGAUAAGUAAAAAAAACUACACUAAGUUUCUAUUCAGUUUGUCUAUCAAUCGACCUUGAAUACAUAGUUUGGUAUGUUCAAAAACGAAUUAGGGUAAAGUGUAUGGAGUCAAUUUAUAACUAUUUCCAACCAAAAUAAAAUCUCAAACCUCUUUCGUUAGCACUGAAAAAGUUCUUGCAUGAAUUGUCUGGCAGUCUAUUUUUUUUCUAAAAUCUGAACGCAGAUUUUAAUGUUUUCAGAAAUAAUGAUAAUCUCCUAAGUCAGUUUUUUGUAGCUACAGCGGUUAAGGCCCUUGCUACCUCAUCUCAAAAAACCACCUUGUAAUUGUAGUGUAGUGUUUUAAAGCAAAUUUCUUCAGUCUGCUUAUGCGUUUUCGAAGUUUUGAUGCGCUUUUUAAUCUAUAUGUUCAUAAAUAAUGUAUAAAAUUAUAUACAAACAAUAAAAAAGGUCUUUGCAGACGAUUUCCUCCAAGUCCGUAGAUAUAGACUAGUACAGUGUAAUUACACCCGGUAUGAAGGUAGUCACGAGCAGUGACGUAGCUGGAGGGGGGCCGGUGGGGCACCCCAUGGGUUUAAAACCCAAUGAGGAUGGCAACCGAAGUUAGGGUCACCUGUUUCCAAGAGCCUAACUUUACUGAAUCCAAAAUUCAAUCCGGUCAUAAAGUUUGAUGUUGAUAUUCAUUAGAUUGUACUGUAAUAGUGUAGUAAUUGACCAAGCAGCCAACUUGUGGAGGCGUGACAGUUAUAGGCCUUGCUGGCAGCGUAUACAGGUUUUCACCAAACUGUAUGAAAUCAUAAUACCCAAUGCCGUCAGAAUUUAUCUUAUUAAACACUGAAAACUUAACAUCUAUUUAUGCGCAGUCCAAUAUAUAUUUUUAUUCUAAGCCGCAUAUAGUGUUACUUACCAUCACGCGGAAGGCAUGUCCGUAAUCUGUAAUGGGUUUAGAAAUCAUUAGUGAAGUUCCUCGCACUGUUUAGAUGUGCGCUGUGUCGGGGAGUCAUCUUAAGAUAUAAACGGGUCGGUGAAAACCGGAUACGCACGCUCAUAAUGUAGCAAUUUUAAUGUACAGUCAUUUCAAUUCAAAUGUCGAUAUAAGAUGACGGUAUACGGUUAUUACAUUAUUUAUCAGUUAUCGAUAGAACAAUAUUAAUAAACAGGAUGUUAAGGAAUAAACUUAUAUUGAGUUUACUCGCGUCUACACAUGGAUUUGCUUGCGGGAAAAUCCUCUGUAAUGAACUACUUUUCCGGGAUAAAAUUUUUCAUGUGCCCAUAUGCCAAAUAGUUUUCAAUUCCAUUCAGUUUGUGUUUAUAAACAAAUAUUAAAUUCCUUAUCUUCAGAAACAAUCAAAUCCCUGCGAUGGCUACGGGUACCUUAUAGGUGUGCUAUUAUAACCAUCAAACCACCCGUCCGCAAUGCUACCUUGCGACUGUACUCAUACAUAAAACAUUAAAAUAAACCGUAAUACCGUCAUUUUAUGUCUCUGUUUCGGCUAGUAAGUAUGCCGACUAGACCUGUGCAAGUUUUCAAUAUUGUUUACACAUUUAGGUCAAAAGGCAAAUUAAAUUUGUUAAUUUCGUAAAAAUAUUUAUACGAGGAUGGAUCAGGUUUCUUUUUGUAUCGAUAACUGUAAGAUCAGUCUUCUUAGAAUGCAACAUAAAAACGAAACGAACUGCACUGUCGUUGCAUUGUGAUUGGUCGAGAGACUGAUAUGUGACUUACACGGUAGGCCCUCGACCAAUCACAAAACGACAUGGACCUUACCAUCGUGUUCGUUAUGCCACAUUAAAAUGUGGACUAGUCUUGACUAGCAUUGUUACUAUGGUUGCGGCGCUUACUAUAAGGCAAGUAAGUGGUUCGUCGCGAAAUUCAAUUGUAUAAAAUUAUCCUGAUGUUCUGGGAACACAUUAAUGCGAAUCGCUUGUUCUACAACUACAACUUUCCGGCUUAUGCGUAGACGCAGAUUAAAAGCAAAGCAAUCGAACGUUUCGGAUUUUGUGUUCCAGGAACUCGGGAGUCAGAAUUAUACGAUAAUUCUUCGGUGAUUGAGUUAAAAAUGUUAAUAUCAUAUCAAUACUUAACGAAAUAUCAUGAUGCUUCCUCGGACAUAUAAAUAUUACAACGCUUUGGACACUAUACAUAAUAAUAUAUGUGCGAAAUUAUACAGAUACACUUAUUGACGGACAUAUUUAUAUACAAAUUAAUUUGUUUUAGUAAAUCGUUCCAGCAUUGAUUAUUUAAGUUGUUAACGUUUGGCAUCGAAAAUGUUUAAACCAAAUAUCUCAUAAAUGUUUUUGUGUUGUAAAUACGGAAGUUGUUUUGUGUACAAGGUAAAGCGGCAUGUAUCAUGAAAUAAACUGUUCGGUGUUGUUUUA